GUGUGUAAAUGCCGAUAGAGGUUUAAAGUCUCCUCGACUCGAGUGGCUUCGCGGGAAGGCGAAGCUUGCAAACUAUCAUGUGCCGGCUAAAGACAAUCGGAGUGGUGCUCGUCUGUGUCCUGGCGGCGGUGAUCGCCUGCUUCUCUUCCGCUCCGUCGCGAGAACUUACUGCGUUGGUGGAUUCAGCCAGAGAACAUCUCUAUGGAAUGGUUUCCAGAUACCAUAAGUUUUCUAAGGAUAUCAAAGAAAUUCCUCCAUUGGUGGAUUCAAAAGGAAGAGAAAAAGCUUCUGACGUUUCAGCACUCAAGGAUGCCCUUAAGUAUUUUGAUGCCGAUUUUUUCAAUGAAUCGAAAGUGCGUGAAAUAGCUGAGGGUGCAAAAGAGUUCAAUAUACCCGGGUUCAGAGAGAACCGCAAGUUGGUUGCUUCUGUAGACGGAGGGCUACAUAACCCUUCUGUUCUAGUGUUUGGUUCAUCUUGGGGUGUCAGAGAUGGGAGCCAUGAUUCUCCUAAAUUUAAUUAUCCCAAUCUAUCUGGUGUGAAGAGACCAGAAGAGGAGGAGGAUAUUGCUUUCAUGACUAUUCUUGAACUAGGCGCCCUUAUUAAGACUAAACAGAUAACUUCGAGUGAGCUUACAGCCAUUUUCUUAAGGAGGUUGAAGAGAUAUGAUCAAAUCCUGGAAACAGUGAUUACAUAUACUGAGGAAUUAGCAUAUAGUCAAGCAAAGAAGGCGGAUGAGUUACUUGAACAAGGAGUAUAUUUGGGUCCGCUUCAUGGAAUUCCUUAUGGAUUGAAAGAUAUCGCCGCUGUGCCUGGCUAUAAGACAACAUGGGGAUCAAAGUCAUUCAGGAAUCAAGUUAUUGAUACUGAAGCUUGGGUUUAUAGAAGGCUUAAAGAGGCAGGUUCAGUCCUCAUUGCAAAGCUCGUAACUGGAUCAUUGGCCUAUGAUGAUAUCUGGUUCGGAGGAAGGACCAGAAACCCCUGGAACAUUGAGGAAUACUCAACUGGCUCAUCAGCUGGACCUGCUGCCAGUACUUCUGCAGGGCUUGUUCCUUUUGCGAUUGGCUCAGAGACAUGCGGCUCUAUAACUUACCCAUCAGCUCGCUGUGGAAUAACUGCAUUGAGGCCAACCUUUGGGACUGUGGGUCGAAGUGGGGUGAUGUCUUUAUCUGAGAGCUUGGAUAAGCUUGGCCCUUUCUGCCGGAAUGCUGCAGACUGCGCCAUUGUAAUAGAUGUAAUCCGGGGGAAGGACCCAGAGGAUCCAUCAUCUCGACAUGUUCCGCUGGAUGAUCCAUUUUCCGUUGACAUAAAAAAACUCACAGUUGGUUAUCUUGAUGAUGCUGAGAUGGAGGUUGUGCAUGUGCUAUCUUCCAUGGGCGUUGAAGUUGUUCCUUUCAAGCUAAAUUAUAGUGUCAAAUCAGUGCAGCACAUCCUCAAUUUCACUAUGGAUGUGGAAGUAUUGUCACAUUUUGAUAAGUGGCAGCGGAAGGGGCUUGAUCAAGAAUAUGAAGCACAGGACGAGUGGCCGGUUGAGCUAAGGCGUGCUCGAGUGAUCCCCGCUGUAGACUAUUUGCAGGCACAAAGAGCAAGAGGAAAAUUGAUUCGGGAAGUUGAAGAGAACUUCAGAGUGGAUGCAUUUAUAGGAAACGCAACUGACUGGGAAAAAGUUUGCUUGGGGAAUCUUGUGGGUUUGCCAGUUGUGGUUGUUCCGACCGGUUUCAAAAGCAUUGAGAAAGCCCCAAAAGGUGGCACUAACAGAAGAACAACUGUAACGACAGGCAUUUACGCCCCUCCAGACAAAGAUCAUAUUGCUUUAGCCCUCGCAAUGGCAUAUCAGUCUGCCACUAAUCAUCACCUGCAGCGCCCACCCAUUGAUGAUGUUGGGCCAAAUGAUCCGUUUAAAGUUCCAGGUGCGAAUUAGCUGCUUCAUUUUGGUGAAGGAGAAUAAGGCCGCUUUUUGUUUCAGAUUUAUCAGCAAUGGAUAAAAUCUUUAUUCAGGUUUAUUUUCACUGACGGUACAAUAAAGAAAUACUGUGAUGUGAGGCUAAUAAGAUGAAAAUGUCUGCAAUCAUGUUGAGCAGCAGCAGUUCACUUAGGUGCUUUAAGUCUGUAUAAUAAACAUUAUGUUUGGUUUUUUUUGUUGUGUUUUUAUAAUCUU